GGGUCUCCCAGAGCACCCCGAGGGUCAAGGAGAAGAUGAGAACAAGCCGAGGUGCCAGGAUGGAGAGCAAGGACAUGGCCUCCUUGCAGGAAAGCUGGGUGAAGAACCCUCAGAUCCAGAUGCUAACACUUGUCUGAGCGUCCCAGCAGGAGGAGCAGGUGCACACUUAAUGGGCGGCUCUGCAAGCCUCCGUGAGGAAGUGAGCACUGAGACAGGAGCUGCUGUGGCCUUGCCUGCUGGAGCCUCGCACGAGGUCCAGGGUCCUGGUCAGCCCAGUGCAGGGCUGGACAGCCGGGACCCACUGAGGAGGCGACAGACUGCUCCAGUAGACUCUCAGAAGGAUUUGGAAAACGGGCCACCAGUCAGUCUUCCGAUGCAGGGGACUGCAGUCACAGCAGGUGCCACUGAAGAGGCACAGACCCCACCGUCUUCACCCUGCCUUGCUGCAGACCUCCAGGAGGUGGAGAGAGAAAGCCCACCCAGUGUGGCCGCAGCUGAGUCGUCGGCGGGCCCGGGUCAAACGGGUCUCCUAGAGCACCCCGAGGGUCAAGGAGAAGAUGAGAACAAGCCGAGGUGCCAGGAUGGAGAGCAAGGACAUGGCCUCCUUGCAGGAAAGCUGGGUGAAGAACCCUCAGAUCCAGAUGCUAACAUUUGUCUGAGCGUCCCAGCAGGAGGAGCAGGUGCACACUUAAUGGGCGGCUCUGCAAGCCUCCGUGAGGAAGUGAGCACUGAGACAGGAGCUGCUGUGGCCUUGCCUGCUGGAGCCUCGCACGAGGUCCAGGGUCCUGGUCAGCCCAGUGCAGGGCUGGACAGCCGGGACCCACUGAGGAGGCGACAGCCUGUUCCAGGGACCGGAAGUCAUGAACAAGAAACACAAUUAGAGGAAGUGAAAAAGCAGGGCAAAAAGCAGGAUAGAAGGAAGAUGAAGAAGGAUUUCCGGAACUACGGGCGCAUCCUUCUCAGCUUCCUGGUUGGGGUCCUGGUGCUGAGAGUCCAGAGCUACUACUCCUCUCCAGCGCAGCAGGUGCCCCGGAACCCAGCCUUGGAGGCCUUCUUGACUCAGUUCAGCCAGCUAAAAGAGAAAUUUCCGGGCCAGAGUCCCUUCGUGUGGCAGAGAGGGCGAAAGUUUCUUCAGAAGCAUCUCAACUCCUCAGACCCCAGCGAGCCGGCCACCAUCAUCUUCACGGCGGCCCGGGACGGGAGGGAGACCCUCCGGUGCCUGAGCUACCACGUGGCCGACGCCUACACGUCUUCCCACAAGGGCUCGGCCAUUCAGCUCGACGGGGCCCAGAGGAGCUCUCAGGACAGUGACACCGUCAAGCUCUGGGUUGACCUGGAGCUGAGCUCGGGAUUCGAGAACGGCCAGAAGGCUGCCGUGAUCCACCAUUUUGAAUCCCUGCCCGCGGGCUCCGCCUUGAUUUUCUACAAAUAUUGUGACCACAAGAAUGCGGCCUUUAAAGACGUGGCCCUGGUCCUGACCGUGCUGCUAGAGGAAGAGACAUUAGAAGCAAGCGUGAGCCCCAGAGAAACAGAAGAAAAAGUGAGAGAUCUGCUCUGGGCCAAGUUCACCAAUGCAGACACCCCCAGCUCCUUCAGCCACAUGGACUCGGACAAGCUGAGCGGGCUCUGGAGCCGCAUCUCACACCUUGUGCUGCCAGUUCAGCCCGUGAGGGGCAUCGAAGAGCAGGGCUGCCUGGUGUGAGGGCGCGGGAGGCCGGGCUGCCUGGUGUGAGGGCAGCGCAGGGCAUUGUCAGGAAGGGGCUAGAUUAGCACAGCUUAUGGUUGGAAAAAAAGGGCUCCUCUCUCACUUUCUUGGCGAGGUUCUUUGUGAUCGAAGCUUCCACAAUGCUGACUACCGCCCUUCUCCCUCCCCGCAUCUUGCCUUUGACAAAGCCAAUCGAGAUACAGCGGGGUCUACAGAACUAAGGAAUUGUCUUUAAUCCCAAAGGAACAGAAUCAUUGCAUAGGAAGAGUCUUUUCAGGACCACCGAGUGACUUUGUCUUGAGUGAUGUUCUAACUAGCCGUUUUGGGUAGUGCUUGGACUCAGAGGAAAGUAAUUAGGGUGUGAGGCAGUGAUUU